CUAACUUCUGAUAGAUUUGUUUGGACUGAGAAAAUGUAGCAUUGUGUAGUGAAUGAUAUUUACCGAGUCGUUCAAGAUCUUGAGCUGUAUGGCAUAAUUAUCUACUGAAAUUACAGGCGAUUUUACGGAAUGGAGCAUAUUUCAGUUGAACGGACGCCUCGAAGGACCCCAAGGAAAGUAUCGGAGAACGUUCGCGAACUGCACAACGCGUUAGCUAAAGUGCUUCAUAACGAAGAUCGAGCGUUCUUAAUUCAAUCACUAAACCAAUAUCAAAGAAAUAGAGAUGUCAACAGUCUAGUUGUGGCUCUUAAGUCGGUACUCAACACACCAAGGAAGAGAGAAGUCUAUCCGUUGUUAUGGCAAAUUAUUCCUCACAGUGACCAAGAUAUUUUUCACAACCUUUGGCAUCGCGAUGCAGAAGCUUCGCGCCAACGUAGUUUGAAAUCACCCGCUAGAUCGCCAGGGAACCUUCGCCGGAUUCCAACCUCUUCGAGUUUGCCAGACAAUCUUCAUCGACAUGCAUCUGACUCGGGUAUAGAUCUUCCAAAUAUGACGCAGUUUCAAUCCUCGAAAGAAACAAAAUACCCCAUAAAACGAUUAACUGUUAAGCGGCCUUCAAACUCAGGGUUUGGGUUCUCAAUUCGUGGAGGAGCCGAACAUGGCGUUGGUUUGUAUGUUUCUUCUGUGGAUGAAAACUCCGUGGCUGAAAAAGAGGGUGUUUUACCGGGUGACCAUGUUAUUCAGGUCAAUGGAACGAGAUUUGACGGACUAACGCACGAACAAGCUGUCAAGGUAACGAAAAUUUUAAUUUCACUGCAAACCAUAAAACCUUUGUUUGGCUUGAUGCCUUACAGUGUGUUUCAUUUGUGAAAUUUCUCUAUUGUUGUAGUUUUUUGUUUUCUUGUUUCACAACUCUGUGAUACCCGACGGUUCUACUGUCUAGGAUAAUUUCUCUGGACAGUAAAAUUUGUUCGAACGAUGAUUUAAAUGACCCACGAUUUCGAAGAACACACAAACAAUUAUCUUUAUUCACGUUCUGAACCCAAGCUACGACCCUUUUGUUCUAAAUAGCCGUAGGUGGUGUUAUGUUUGCAUUGAAAUGAGUGGUUCGUACACUGUGUGUACGAUGUGAAUUUUUAAACCGGCAAUUUUCAUGAAAUACCGCAGGUACUUCACAUCUGUUACAACCUUUGAAUAUUGUUAAAAUUUUAUCGUGCAGUUCGACUUCGAUUACUCCAGGUUGUGUUUACUUUGAUGUACAAGUGAAGUGAAAUUAAAAAGCCAUUUCCCUUUCAUCUCUGCAACCAUGUCAUACUUUGUUAAGUAUUUCAUUAUUUAUAAUACACCAAAGUUCAGACGAUGACAGCAUCUGUCGUCUCGUAGCAUUCAUAUAUAGGGAUUGUAUACGUUGUGCUGUUGUUCAGAUAGCUUGCGUGGCGGGCGUUUGAAAGUGAAUUAGGGAAAGGGAGUUUCGUGCGCAAAUUGCAAGUUUGCAUGCAUUGAAGGAAAAUGUCAAAUGGUUACGUUAAAAGUCAAAGUGUUUCCUUUACAAACAAUUUAUAAUACAUUGUAAUUCAAUGAGGCUGAGUACAGUAUGAAGAAAUUACGCAGAUCAAGGAUCGUAAUCCACGCAGGGCUGCAGAGGUGGAAUAUUAUAUUAUUGUUCAUAUCAUUUGAAAGCCAAUUUCAAUGAUUGUCUAAUUAUUCAUUCAAAAUAUUUCCAAGUUCUUAACACCCUUACCUCCUUGUAGACUUAUCAGGAGCCGUGACUACAGUUCAAAAUAUUUUGAAUACCAUUUUAAAGAUGAAAAUUAAACUUCAUUAAUGUACAACAAGUUGCUUAGUCCUUGUUCUAUCGAUUUCUUUUUACUGCAGAUUAUUCAACACAGUAAAAAGCUCUAUCUGAUUGUCCGGUCAGUUGGUCGCAUACCUAACAGUUUUGUCGCGGAGUCCACAUGUAAGUGGGUAGACAUACAAGGUAGACGAGUGUCUCCACCCCCUGGAUUUGAUGACAGUGGACAUAAAUUAACUGCCGAGAGUAUACACAAGAGUGAUUUAAGGCUUCUAGGGGACGAUGAUGAGCGCAAGGUUUGUCAAAAUAGUCCUUAAGAUCUGAUGACGGGGACAGCAAUGGGAAUGUCAAAAAGGAAAAAGUUUUAAUAAACAAAACAACAACUUUGCACUUGCAUCACACUUUUUUUGUCCUUUUUUUUUUGGCAUCACUACAUGACCAUGACAUAAAAAUGCAUGAUUUCCAUUUUAUGGUGGACAUAAAGCAAAAAAAUGAAUUUUCUUUGUCUUUCUCAACUUGGAUAUGGUUCUUAGGAAUUUAACUCCAGGAGAGUUUGCCUACAUUUGACAAAGUAAGUGAAUGUGAAUAAUCCAGUGGAGAUUGAAAGCUGGCAAAUUUAGUUUUUUACCAAAUUUUUGGCACUGCUGCCAUCCUUAGAUUUUAAGGUCCCUUGCUAAUGACAUCUUCUGAUGGCAAAUGUUUUAAGAAUUAUCAGAACAACAUUUGACCGUUUGACCUCAGGGCUUUAUGGACUUUGAGUGACUCAUACAACUGUACAUUUGAUUUGCAGGUAAACAUCUUUGUUGAAGAUGGUGAAAAUUUAGGGUUGAUGAUCCGUGGAGGAGCAGAGUAUGGUCUUGGAAUCUUCAUUGCUGGAGUAGAUCGUGAUUGUGCAGCAGAAUAUGCUGGACUGAAGGUCAGCUCCCAUUGUAAAAUUAUUGUAACAGUCAGUUUUAUUUGUGGUUUUAUAAUUUAG